GCCAGAGCUUCCAGCUGGACCCACUAGACAAGUUGCUGGAACUUUAAGUGGAAAUAUGGUAUUUGUUCCCUAUUUAUGGAUUUGGUUUCAGCCUUCUUCCUGGCUUGGGAUGUUAAUGGACCUGCAUGGAGAGAAAAGGAGCAGGAAGGAUCACUGCAGACACUGCAGUUAAAAUUGAGAUUGUGAAGCAGUUUAUAAUAAGGACAAAUAGAAUUUAAAUUUUUAAUUCUCAAAGGUUUUCAAUUUUUUUUCUUCAGCGUUUUAACACUUUGAAUGCUUCAAAAGCACUGGAAAUCAGUCAUUCCAUUCUUGUACUGAAGAAUAGGGAUGAAAAUCCCAUUUUACCUGGUAGUUCUUUCUAGGAGCUUUAAACUGAUGCCAUCUUAACCUGUCGAGAGCUUUAACUGUCAGCACGGGAGGAAGAUCUCAAAUAAGGUCUUGAAAAGCUUUAGCGGAAGGAAAUCUCUGCCAUACAACACAGUUUAGAAAAGGGAGUCAGAGAAAGAGCAGUGCAGAUGUUGAAGACUCUUGCCCUGCUGGUGGACUGGAAUCCAGUCUGUCUCACAAUGAAAACGUGUUUGUGCAAACAGUGUGUCAAUAAAAGACUAAGCACCGUCACGGGAACUCUCCCAGCCUGGUAGUUAAAUUGUUCUGGGAAGGGCAGAGGGUGGAUUCAUACAUAUUUAGGCAGAGGGAAUUGGAUUGUGUUCUCCAGCUUUCUGGGCGAGUAAACAAACCCCUAAGCUACUCUAUAAAAGACAUAAUGUCACCAGUUUGGUGACUAGUUCCUCAGUGUGUUUUUUCCAGCUGAGACUGGCAAGUUUGACCCUGUUUCAGCAUUUCUGGAAUGGUUGAAAUUUGCUAAUUUUGGUAAACUUGCUACAAAAAAACCUCUUUCCUGCUACAGCCCUUAAAGAAAAAGAAUGAUUUUUUUUUUUCUUCCCUGUAGUUACUAAAACAGAUCCAGCAAAGAAAAGUGAGAAAAUUGAUUAUGCAGUUUAUCUGGAUUGGAAGCAGGUCUUUUUCUCAUAGGUGUUUAUUGUUACCAGUUUAAGAGUGAAUAUUCUGUAACAUAGGAAAAAUCCUUUAUCAUUCUGGGCAAGUUUGGUUCAUUGCCAUAUCUUGUUUAUCAUCUUACUCCAGACUUUUCCAAAGUCCACAGUAUCUUCUUUAUUGUAUACACAUUGUCAUAAAAAAAAAAAAAAAAAAAACAAACCUAAACCUACUUACAAUCCUAUUUUCCUCAUUCCUGAAACCUCCUAACCUGGUUGACUCGUUGGAGUGCAUUUCAUGCAUUCUUAGCAGAUAGGCUGAAGGAAACGCCUCAUUCAGUGCAGCUGGAGGCUAGAAAGUGUGGGGAGUUCAUGAACGUGGCUUGUCUUCUGCAGUCGCUGCAGUGCACACAGAGCUGGCCGGGCCCAGGAAGGAUCCCGAUCUGCUGGACACAGCAUGAGUGUCGCUCAUCUGGAAAAUCUGACUGACAGUGAGUUAAGGUAGGACAAUUCACUGACUUCCUCAAAUGUUCCCUUAAUUAUUCCCUUAUUUGACAGGAAAUGCCUGCUUGUUAAAUUGUGGUUUAAUACUUGAGAAGUGGGAGUUUUUUGUUUUUAAAACUGUUUUGAGCUACAUGAAAUCAAGAAUGAAGUGUUCCCUGUCAGAUGCUCCAGUACUGCUAAAUUAGUACUGCUGGCAAAUGUGGGGAAUGUGGAAAAUAUUGUAAAGUAUUAGGUCUUGUGGUGAGCUGUCAACAGCCGCCACUCUUAAGCCUGUGUUGACCAUAGGUCCUUGUCCACUUGAAGGAGAAAUAACUUGCACUAUUUUGCCCUUAUUAACCCAUUCUAAGAGUAGUGAGAUAUAUGAGCUGAGUCCCUUUCAUCCUGAGUUCCACUUCUACUCUAUUUUGGUCAAUGGUUUGUGUCAGUCACAAGUUAGAAGGAUUUCUGCCAUUUGCAGACCUCGUGCUGGGUGAUGGAAUAAUAGGAAGUUCAGGUAGUGAAGACUAUAGUGCUGCCAAUUCCUGUCUCCUGGGACGUUAGAAUCCUUAUGCCCAUACAAUCACUGAGAGGACUGAGAUGUAACCUAUGUUAUACCUAGCCUUCCUUUGCCUACUUGUUGGAAAGUGCAAGAGGUUUUUAAGGGAAACACUGGGAAAAAAGAGAUAAAUGACCUUUUUUCCUUUAAAAUACUUUAUUUUUCCAGCAUUUUAACUGGUCACAAUCACACAAGCUGUUGCACACAAAUGAUGCUAAAGGAGCCCAGAAUAAAUGUCAGGAGCUAGUUAAGCAUGUUGAUAAAGUGGUACAAAGACAUAAUGGCUUGUACUGAGUGAAGAAUGGGAAAAGUGAUCCUCUGGGCCAGCACUAAUGCUUUGUAAAUUGUAUGUUGAUGUGUAGUGCUGGUGCAGAGUAGGAAAAGCUGCUUUGCUUAUUGCUGUCAAGAUGACUUCUUGUCCUUUCUCAGGCCAUCUGUUUGCUCGUGUCUUUGCCAAUUCUUGGAUUGGAAUUUUCAAUGACAAGUGUUGGCCCCUGGCUGAGCAAUUGUGAAGUUUCUUAACCCAAAUUGCAGGUUGCUUUCUAAAACAAGACUGGGAAAAAACAGCAUCUCUUCCUGUGCUCAAAGUCCUUCCAGUUGUGUGGCUGGGUUGUGCUAGUUCCUGCUUCCCCUCAUGGGCCUUGGAAAGGUGCCUGUAAAGUGGGAGGAAGUGUUUCUUAAAGUUUUCUAUGUCUGGGAAAGCUGGGUCAGUUUUAAAGUUGUGAAACAUUGUCUUCUGAAUCAGUGACCUUGCACUCCUGCUCCCACUGCUGUGUUUAGGUGAAUCUAGGAGGAUGGGGUAAAGCAAUAGAAAUUUUAAAAUAAGGACUAAGGAGCUCCUGAGUUUGGACAUGAGUUAGCGGUUGGUGACAGAUUAGGCCUGGCUGAGCAAGUGACCAUGAGUCAGGGAGAAUUGAACAGAGCACAUGGUGGUGGGAGAUGGAGGUAAACAAGCAAAACUAAAUAUGGAAGCAAAUGAUAAACAAGGACAAGAAGUUUUUAGGUGAAGGCUUAAGCAUCAGAAUGGGGAUAGAUUAUGGCUUGACAACCUUAAUCCUCAUGCUUCCUAAUACUUUCUGAAUACUUGUCUUGCAGCCUGAGCAGUUUUUUUCAUGUGCAAGAAAAUUCUGAGAAACCAUUUGAAGGCAGACUCCGCAGGCACUUCAGGGUAUCCUUUGAGACGCAGAUGAGUGUGGUGUUUAUUGGGAAGCUUUUGAGGAUUAGGGGAUGUAUGACUAGGAAAGAAAUCAGAUAAAUGUGUUCAACUGCGUUAAGCAGUGGUGUGUAUUACAGAGUUAGUUGGAUGGAAACACAUAUCUAAUGAUUCAUGAUGUUUUAUGCAGUACGGCUGGCUAUUGGCUAAAGGUUGCCCUGAUCUCUGAAAAAUAACAGCCUUCCUUUUGCUACCUAAAUCAAUUACACUAUGCAGUGUCACGACCUGACAAUGAGACUGGAAAAUGGAAUAGAAACAACAGGCACUUCACUGCAUUUGUAGCCUGAGUCUUGCUAAAUAUUAUUUUGAUUAGAGAAGGACUUGUGAGCUCUGGCUGGGAAGUUGCUCCCUUGUGGCCAGAAACUGUAAAAAUGCAUUAAAAUUAUACUUCUCCAGGGCAAGUAGUGACAUUCCUUGUCCUACUCUUACAAUACCUGGCUGCAGAGAUGUUUAAAGAGAAUAAAAGAGAGCCUCUGUUGACUUCCUGCAAACUAUUUUAGUUUAAGGCAUUCCUGCCUUAAACCUGUUGUCUUACCUUAAAUUCUGGAUUGUCAGCCUUACAUUCUGGUUGACCCACAGUGUGUGUUUUAGCAGUCUUGCUCCAAAAUUUUAAGCAGCUGGCAGAACCACCAUGUUCCUAGGUAAAUUGUUUCAAACAAGAAAAGGUUAUUUGUUUUGUUGUCAUUUUGUGGUGGCUUUUUACUUGAAUUAGCCAGGAUUUGAAUUUCCAAUUAUUUAAUCAGAAUGUUGUUUUUCAACAGGUGAAGCAACUAAUUGCUCUUAAAAGUCUUUUUGUUUUGGAGAUCUGUGCUGAAAGUGAUUAAGGGACUGUUGGUCAUUGAAAAUGGAAGAAACAAGGAAGCUUUCCCCAAAGCUGAGUAAAAGCAAAGAGCCUGUGAAAACAGAAUGGGGAUCUCAGAGCGUGGUGUUCACCUAUUUCCAAGGGGACAUUAACAGCAUGGUAGAUGAACAUUUUUCUAGAGCUCUCAGCAAUGUCAAGAACCCCCAAGACCUGAGCACAAAGCACAGGGGUGAGACUGUUGUCCUGAAAAACGUAGACAACAUGUCUCCCCAUCAGUGGAAUUUCUCUUCGCAUUGCUACAAACCAUAUCCAUCAUCUUCUUCAACAAGCAUGGCAACUUCUGCUCUGAAUUUUUCUGCUGCUGGUGUGGUAGGCCAGUGCCAGCCAUCGCCUCUGCGGAGUCAUCCAGCUCAACCUGCAGAUUUAUGGCCCUUCCCUCCAACUGGGACUCCCAGUGUCACUGGUUCAGUGUAUCCUCACACCCUCCCUGACCUGCAUGCAGCCGAUGAGCUGAUCUCUGACAGGAAAUACAGUUCUCUUCUUGGCCUUCUGCAACAGGAAAGGUGCUUAACAUCCAUGCAAGAAUGCACCAUGAAGCAAUACUCAAGUUCUGCUUGUAUGACUGGACCUGCGAGGUUACAAAAUAUGAGUCAAAGUUCAGCUCCUGGGGGAGAGAGGAAAGGAAGCUCUUACCAAGGCUCAGAAAAUCCCAGUGUAAGCCAUGCCACUGCAGGUAUUCAGAUUCAUGACAGAAGACGAGAUUUGUACUUCUAGCAACUGAAUGUUUCUACUUUAUUCUGAAAGAGAAAGUUAUUUCUGUGAACUUUUAUUAUUUGCAACUGUGAAUCAAGAAGAAAUGAACUGCAGCUAUCCUGUGUUUUUUCUCUCAGCUGGAAGAAUACAUGUACUAUUUACUGUGUGGGGAAUGACAAAAUAAUCCAUUUCUAUACAAUGAUUUCUAAUGUUUGAGGUAUUAACCUGGGCAGUAUGUUUGUUGUGGCCAUAUAUUGUCUAUUUAAGACUUUUCAUGUAGGUCUCUUGAAAGGACUCCUGCCCUUUUUAAUCUUUCUAUGUUUAUUAAUUUACCACUCCUGAUAAGAAGAGCAAUUCUUAUCAAUGCAGUUGAUAACCCAUAAAUGCAGGGAUGCAGUUAGCAUAUUUCAAUGCUGGACCUUCUUAGCUUGAUUUGAUAUCUACAUAUAAGACUGUUUAAAACAGUCUUAGGCCACUGGCAAGAGACUUCAACCACAGGCCAGCAAAGCACAUUAUUUAUGCUGCGAAAGUGCUGCAAUUUAUGACCAUAUUUGCAAUUCCUAGGGAUACUCUUCAGAAGUAUAUAAUAUACUUAUGCCUGAAGGCUCUGUUUUGUCCUCUCACUAAUGUAUCAUCAUCCUCUAGAAAGCAGUGAAUUCACAGGAGCUCUGAGAGGAAACCUUGGUUCUCAUUGGGUGCAAUUAAAAUACCAUUCAGCAAAAAUCUGCAGGUUAGGAGUGUUCUAUUUUCCCAGCCUCUCUGCAGAUGUAAGAGAUUCCUUUUGUAAAUAAGCUCUGUGGGUUUAUCUUUUCCUUCUCCAUUGGUUAUACAUUAAUAUAAUAUAAUAGAGCAUGAUUAGCUUUUUCUGACAGCUCUAUGUAGUUGCUGAAGGCAAUUUGACCUUUGAGAUGGCAGAGCUUGUGAUUUUUAUAGGACAAAUCCUGAACUGGUAUAAAUGUUUAUGACUGUUAUAUCAGAUAUCUCUGCUGCCACAGCUCCAGUUAUAACACCUUGUGUAAUUUUAUAAAUAAUAUGAGUUUAACAACAUCAGGAGUUUGUGGUACUAAUUCUCAAACUGAGAUUUUUUUAAAAAGGAUUUAUUUUUUUAAUUUUACAAGUUUGCUCUAGCAGUUACAUGUUCUACAUCAAUCUGAGAUCACAAGGGGAACUGUUUUAACUAAACUAAUAAAAGAUACACCAAUGUCCUGUCUCGCUAUAGAUAAGCACUGAAAAAAACCCACUCCUUUUUAAUAUUUCUACAAAAAAUCCCUUUCUUCUCUUUUAAAAAUAUUUGUCCAAGUAGUUUUGUUAUCCCAACUCAUUUAAUUACCUGAUUUUAAGGCUACAUGGUAAUAUAAUUUGACUUCCUCUAUGAACCAUAGCAAAGAUUUCCUACCUGUAUCAUGUAAAUCUGUCAUACUGGCAUAUGCUAUAAUUCUAUUCUUAAAAAUAUUGAUUUUUUUUUCCUUCCUCUUCCAUCCCUUCCAAAGGACAAUACUUAUUUAAUUUCCCUGCAAGGUCUGAAAAGAUAGUCUAUUUAAAUGGUCUUAAAUGUAGUGCUUCCCUUGGGGGGCUGGGAAUAUACAAGAUUACUUAUAAAACCCUUAUUUCUGGUGAAUCAGACAAGUGGAGUUGGACAGUGUGGGGGGGGGAACCCCUUGUUUUUAAAUGUAUGUCACUUAUUGCAAGAACAGGGAGGCAUUAAUGGCUCUGCCUUGACAGGGUCAUGUUGAGCCAUUGCUGCAAGGUUUGCGUCCUCAUUGUCCAGCUGUCUGGCAGACCUGGGGAAAGGGAACAAGUGUCCAAAUAGCCCAAAGGUCCCUGGACCCCUUGCCAGUGCAGGCUCCACACCAGGCACACAGGUGCUUUCUCUCUUCCCUGGCUUUCAGAGGAAGGAGGAUGGAAUAGAGGGCUGCGGCCCAGAGGCUCUGCUAUUCUGGCAUUUUGUCUAAUACCAUCACAGCACCAUGCGCCAGAGUGUGCCCGGGUUUAUGGCAUCUCACUGCUCUUCUGCAAUAAACAUAGUUAACCCAUCA